AUAUUCUCUGUUCUAUUGUCAUGUAUCUGUUGUUUAAAACAUAAAAAAUGAUUCAACAAUAUCACUAUUUUUAAUUUUAAAUAUUAUUCAAAUAUAGGCAGUUUGGAGUAGAAAAACUUAAUCCACAACACACCGUUUAAAAUGUCAUCAAUAUCAGAAGCAAAGUCAUCUCUUCUUUUUAUGAAUGAAGCCUUUACAGCAGGCCAGCAGAUCUUCCUCCUCCUCCGUGACGUGCUCCUGACGCACAGCUUUUGACGCUCGUAUAAAAGCAGCCGGAGUGCUCGCGCACGGCUCCACGCUACUGUUGCUGGAGCAGAGCGUGGACUUUUUUUUCCAUUGACCCGGACCACUUUUUGAUUUUAACCACCUCAAAACAUCAAUAACGACCAAUGAGCCUUUUUCUACACCAGGGACAGCAUGCUAUUUGGCCUAGAUAACAACAACAACAUCUAAAAGGCGCAUUUAUUUACUCCGCAUCCGGGUGAACAUCACCUUGCGCGGCGUGCUUUUCACGUGGGCAAACUUCGGCGAUAAGGGAGAAACAGAAGUCAUUCAGUUCAACUCGAUUAUACUUUUUGUUAACGCUAGAUAUUCGCUUAGUGUUUAGAAAUACGAACAGUUUAGUCAUGUCGCUGAAAAUGGCAUCUUUAGUGCUGGAGGACGGGACGACAUUUAAAGGCCGUCUGUUCGGUGCCGUAUCUUCAGUGUCUGGUGAAGUUGUUUUCCAGACAGGAAUGGUGGGUUAUCCGGAGGCACUCACAGAUCCGUCUUACAAGUCCCAAAUACUAACUCUGACGUACCCGAUGAUUGGCAAUUAUGGUAUUCCAAAAGAUGAAGAUGGAGAGUUUGGACUCAGCAAGUGGUUUGAAUCUUCCCAAAUCCAUGCUGCUGCUCUCAUUGUUGGGGAGGUUUCGGAGAAUCCCAGUCACUGGAGCGCCGCCAAAUCUCUGGAUGAGUGGCUCAGAGAGCAAGGCAUCCCUGGCCUCCAAGGUGUUGACACUCGAUGCUUGACCAAAAAGAUCAGAGAGAAGGGAACCAUGUUGGGAAAACUUGUGGUGGAAGGAACUCCAGCCGACAAUAUUCCGUUUGACAAUCCAGAUGCCCGAAACCUUGUUAAAGAAGUUUCCAUGAAAGCACCAAAAGUGUUUAAUCCAGAGGGCACAGUGAGAAUCACUGCUAUAGACUGUGGCAUCAAGUACAACCAGAUACGUUGCUUGUGCCAGAGAGGCGCCCGGGUCACUGUUGUCCCCUGGGAUCAACCUCUGGACAGCAAUGACUUUGAUGGGUUGUUUAUCAGCAACGGUCCUGGCAAUCCUGAGUACUGUAAGGAGACUGUAGAGAAUAUACGCAAAGUGGCAUGUGUGGAGAAUCCCAAACCUAUCUUUGGAAUUUGCUUGGGCCAUCAGCUGCUGUCUUUGGUCAUUGGCGCAAAGACAUACAAAAUGAAGUACGGUAAUCGUGGCCAUAAUCAGCCAUGCAUCCAUAAAGGAACCAGUCGCUGUUACAUCACCUCUCAGAAUCACGGGUUUGCUGUGGAUCCAGAAACUCUUCCAAAGGACUGGGAUGUGCUCUUCACCAAUGCUAAUGACCAAACCAGCGAGGGCAUCGUUCAUAAUCACAAACCACUCUUCAGUGUCCAGUUCCAUCCUGAACACAUGGCAGGUCCCACAGACCUUGUUGGUCUCUUUGAUGUGUUUCUGGAUACAGUCAGAGAUGUAAAGGAGAACAAGGCUGGAAAAUCAGUGAAGCAAAGAUUAAUGGAGCACCUCACCUUUCCUGGAUCUCCUGACCCAAAUGCCUUUGUUCGACCACGUAAAGUUCUGGUUCUGGGUUCAGGUGGUCUUUCCAUUGGACAGGCUGGAGAGUUUGACUAUUCUGGAUCUCAGGCUAUAAAAGCUAUGAAAGAAGAGAAUAUCCAAACCAUUCUCAUCAACCCAAACAUUGCCACAGUACAAACCUCAAAGGGCCUGGCAGACAAAGUCUACUUCCUUCCGAUCACACCAGAGUACGUCACACAGGUGAUAAAGAACGAGCGUCCAGAUGGGGUGUUGCUCACUUUCGGAGGUCAGACAGCCCUGAACUGUGGUGUGGAACUCAAAAAACAAGGAGUGCUGGAAAAAUACAAAGUGCGUGUGCUUGGUACCCCAGUGGCCUCCAUAGAGAUGACAGAAGACAGGAAGAUCUUUGUGGAGAAGAUGGAGGAAAUCAACGAGCAUGUCGCCCCCAGUGAGGCGGCCAUGUCUGUUGAACAGGCAGUGGCUGCAGCUGAAAGACUUGGUUAUCCGGUUCUGGUCCGUUCUGCGUUUGCCUUGGGUGGACUGGGUUCAGGCUUUGCCAAUAACAGAGAUGAGAUGAUCACGUUGGUCACUCAGGCCUUUGCCCACACAUCACAAGUCCUGGUUGACAAAUCGCUUAAAGGCUGGAAGGAAAUUGAGUAUGAAGUAGUGCGGGAUGCCUAUGACAAUUGUGUUACGGUGUGUAACAUGGAGAACAUCGAUCCUCUAGGAAUUCACACUGGAGAGUCCAUAGUGGUAGCUCCUAGUCAGACACUAAACGACUAUGAAUACAACAUGCUGAGAAACACAGCCAUCAAAGUUAUUCGCCACUUGGGUGUUGUGGGAGAGUGCAACAUUCAGUAUGCCCUGAAUCCUGAAUCAGAGCAGUACUACAUCAUUGAAGUCAAUGCCCGUCUCUCUCGAAGCUCUGCAUUGGCCAGUAAGGCCACAGGUUACCCGCUGGCCUACGUGGCUGCUAAACUCAGCUUGGGAAUCCCUCUGCCCGUGCUCAAAAAUUCAGUGACUAAUUCCACAACCGCCAACUUUGAGCCCAGUCUGGAUUACUGCGUGGUGAAGGUUCCUCGCUGGGAUUUAAGCAAGUUCCUCAGAGUCAGCACUAAAAUAGGCAGCUCCAUGAAGAGUGUUGGAGAAGUGAUGGCCAUCGGCCGCAGCUUUGAAGAGGCCUUCCAGAAAGCUUUGAGAAUGGUAGAUGAGAACUGCGUUGGAUUCGAUCACACCAUCAAGCCAGAGUCGGAAGAGGAGUUGCAGACUCCCACAGACAAGCGCAUCUUUGUUCUGGCAGCUGCUCUGCAUGCUGGAUAUACAGUAGAGCGGCUCUAUGAGCUGACCAAGAUAGACCACUGGUUUCUGCAUAAGAUGAAGAACAUCGCAGACCACAAGAAGCUUCUGGAGACGUAUAAGCAGGAUGAGAGUGCAAUGCCUCCAGAAAUCAUGAGGAAAGCCAAGCAACUGGGCUUCUCUGACAAACAGAUCGCUCAAGCUGUGCAAAGCACUGAACUGGCUGUGAGGAAGUUGAGACGGGACUGGAAGAUCUUUCCAGUGGUCAAACAGAUCGACACUGUGGCUGCAGAGUGGCCCGCUCAAACCAACUACCUGUACCUGACAUAUCACGGCUCAGAAAGUGACGUAGUGUUCGAGCAACCACAUGUCAUGGUGAUUGGCUCCGGGGUUUACCGCAUUGGCAGCAGUGUGGAGUUUGACUGGUGUGCUGUUGGGUGUAUUAUGGAACUCAGAAAGAUGGGAUAUAAAACCAUUAUGGUGAACUACAACCCGGAAACAGUCAGCACUGAUUAUGAUAUGUGUGAUAGACUGUAUUUUGAUGAGAUCUCCUUUGAGGUGGUGAUGGAUAUCUAUGAGAUGGAGAAUCCAGAGGGUGUUAUUCUGUCUAUGGGUGGGCAGCUGCCCAAUAACAUCGCCAUGUCCCUUCACAGACAGCAGUGCAGGAUCCUGGGCACCUCACCUGAGUUCAUAGACAAUGCGGAAAACCGCUUCAAAUUCUCCAGAAUGCUGGACACCAUCGGGAUCAGCCAGCCUCGGUGGAAAGAGCUCUCUGAUACUGAGUCUGCUGUGAAUUUCUGUGAGACGGUGGGUUAUCCCUGCUUGGUGAGGCCAUCAUAUGUUCUGAGCGGAGCUGCGAUGAACGUGGCCUACUCAGACACGGAUAUGGAGAAGUUUCUGAGCAGUGCUGUUGCUGUGUCGAAGGAACACCCUGUCGUUAUUUCCAAAUUCAUUCAGGAGGCCAAGGAGAUUGAUGUGGACGCCGUGGCCUGUGAUGGAGAGGUUAUUGCCAUCGCGGUUUCUGAGCAUGUGGAGAACGCAGGGGUUCAUUCUGGAGACGCCACACUGGUGACUCCUCCACAGGACAUUAACCAGAAAACCAUGGAGCGCAUUAAGAUGAUCGUUCAUGCUAUUGGGCAGGAGCUUCAGGUCACUGGCCCGUUCAACCUGCAGCUCAUUGCCAAGGAUGAUCAGCUGAAGGUGAUCGAGUGCAAUGUGCGAGUCUCGCGCUCCUUCCCUUAUGUGUCCAAAACACUUGGUGUGGAUCUUGUCGCGCUUGCAACAAGAGUCAUCUUGGGAGAGGAAGUGGAAGCUGUUGGGCUGAUGAGGGGGAAUGGCAUUGUUGGAGUUAAGGUUCCUCAGUUCUCCUUCUCCCGCCUGGCUGGAGCAGAUGUGGUUUUGGGUGUUGAGAUGACCAGCACUGGAGAAGUGGCCUGCUUCGGGGAGAACCGAUAUGAGGCCUAUCUCAAAGCCAUGCUUAGCACCGGCUUCAAGAUCCCUAAAAAGAACAUUCUGCUCUCUAUUGGUAGUUACAAGAAUAAGAGUGAGCUGCUGCCCACAGUACAGACUUUGGAGAGUUUGGGUUAUAACUUGUAUGCAAGUCUUGGCACUGCUGACUUCUACACUGAACAUGGAGUCAAGGUAAUGGCAGUGGACUGGCCAUUUGAAGAGGAGAGUGACUGUCCAAAUAAGGACAAACAGCGCAACAUCAUGGACUAUCUGGAGGAGAACCAUUUUGACUUGGUCAUCAAUCUGUCUAUGAGGAACUCUGGAGGAAGACGCUUGUCCUCUUUUGUGACCAAAGGAUACCGAACUCGUCGAAUGGCUAUUGACUUCUCAGUGCCACUCAUAACUGACAUAAAGUGCACUAAGCUCUUUGUUCAAGCACUGAAGCAAAUUGGACAGGCUCCUCGCGUGAAGACACAUGUAGACAGCAUGACCUCACAGAAACUCAUCCGUUUGCCAGGUUUGAUUGAUGUCCAUGUACAUCUGCGAGAGCCUGGUGCCACCCAUAAAGAAGACUUCUCGUCGGGCACUGCUGCUGCACUCGCUGGAGGUAUCACUAUGGUGUGUGCAAUGCCCAACACUAACCCUGCCAUCAUCGACCCCAACUCCUUUACUAUGGCACAAAAGCUUGCAAAGGCUGGGUGCCGCUGUGAUUAUGCACUUUUCGUGGGGGCUUCAUCCGACAACGCUGCUCUACUUCCGUCCAUUGCAAGCUCUACAGCUGGUCUGAAGAUGUACUUGAAUGACACCUACUCUACUUUGAAGAUGGACAAUGUCUCGCUGUGGAUGGAGCACUUCGAAAAGUGGCCGAAGCACUUGCCCAUUGUGGCACAUGCAGAGAAACAGACAGUGGCUGCAAUCCUGCUGGUGGCACAGCUCUAUCAGAGACCUGUUCAUAUCUGCCACGUUGCCAAGAAAGAAGAGAUUCUGAUCAUUCGAGCUGCUAAACAAAAAGGGAUCCAGGUGACGUGUGAAGUGGCACCUCACCAUCUUUUCUUGUGUGAAGAUAACGUGCCCGUCAUUGGAAAAGACAAGGCACAAGUGCGCCCCAUGCUGGGCACACGCGAGGACAUGGAGGCAUUAUGGGAAAAUCUAGACAUCAUUGACUGUUUUGCAACAGACCACGCUCCACAUUCAGCGGAAGAGAAGAUCUCAGAGAAGCCUCCUCCAGGUUACCCAGGUCUGGAGACGAUGCUGCCUCUGCUGUUCACGGCCGUCAGCGAGGGUCGCCUUACAGUCGAUGACAUUAUCAAGAGGCUGUAUGAAAACCCCCGAAAAAUCUUCUCCCUUCCUGCUCAAGAAGACACCUAUGUUGAGGUGGAUUUGGAGCAGGAGUGGAUCAUUCCAAAGCACAUGCAAUUCACCAAGUCAAAGUGGACACCUUUUGAGGGCAUGAAAGUGAAGGGAAAAGUCAUGAGGGUUGUGCUCAGAGGCGAAGUGGCUUAUAUUGAUGGACAGGUGUUGGUACCUCCUGGUUAUGGUCAGGAUGUAAAGUCUUGGUCAGCAACCCCAACAGCAACCACUGAGGUGAUAAUGGAUGCUCCUAAGCGUGUGAUCGAGGCAAUGACUCCUGAGCGCCCCCGUCAGGCGGCACCUGUUGAUGUGGUCCGCAGUCGUGCCCCGAGCCCACGCCGCUCAGCUGGAGAUGGACGGUUCAUUCUGCCACCUCGUAUCCACCGGUCAUCUGAUCCCGGCCUGCCUCCAGGUUUCAAAAGAUCUACCAUGCAUCCCCAAAAGGCGUUUGCCGAAGAGGAAGUGUCUUUAAGAGCACCAUUUGAUGCAGAAUUGGCUCUACCAGCAGAGGCAUACGCUCACCCUCCUCCCCUGGCCAGGAUCCUGUCACCUCAAGCUGGGCAACCGCAGAUCCUGCCUCACCCUCAAACCUCCCCGCUGCUGCACCCGCUGGUGGGCCAGCACAUCCUGUCUGUGCGCCAGUUCAGCAAGGAACAGAUGUCACAUCUGUUCAAUGUGGCACAUACUCUUCGUCUCAUGGUGCAGAAGGAACGACCGUUGGAUAUUUUGAAGGGUAAAGUCAUGGCCUCUAUGUUUUACGAGGUGAGCACUCGCACCAGCAGUUCAUUCGCAGCAGCCAUGCAUCGUCUGGGAGGGUCUGUGGUGCAUUUCUGCGAGUCCACAUCUUCAACGCAGAAGGGCGAGUCUCUGGUGGACUCUGUGAACACCAUGAGCUGCUAUGCUGAUGUCAUUGUUCUGCGGCACCCCAUACCAGGAGCUGUAGAGAGUGCGGCAAGACAUUGUCGGCGUCCGGUGAUCAAUGCUGGUGAUGGGGUCGGAGAACAUCCAACUCAGGCCCUUCUGGACAUCUUUACAAUCCGAGAAGAGCUGGGAACGGUCAAUGGCAUGACUAUUACCAUGGUAGGCGACCUGAAACAUGGGCGAACUGUGCAUUCUCUAGCUAGACUUCUCACUCAGUACAGAAUCACUUUACGCUAUGUGGCUCCAAAGAAUCUGAGCAUGCCUGCAGAAAUCAUCGACUUUGUGGCCUCCAAGGGAAUUAAACAGGAGGAGUUUAAUAGCAUUGAAGAAGCCCUUCCUGACACUGACGUUCUGUACAUGACGAGAAUACAGAAAGAGCGGUUCUCUUCUGAAAAAGAGUACAAUGCGUGUUUUGGCCAGUUCAUCCUAACCCCACAUAUCAUGACGGGAGCCAAAAGAAAGAUGGUGGUCAUGCAUCCUCUUCCCAGAGUCAACGAGAUCAGUGUGGAAGUGGACACAGAUCCUCGGGCUGCUUACUUCCGGCAGGCAGAGAACGGGAUGUAUAUUCGGAUGGCACUACUGGCUACUGUAUUGGGGCGAUGAAGGGACCAUAAUGGUUCAGUCUUGACAUUUGGCAGUAAAGGGAAAUAUUUUAUUGCUUACUGAUGUGAUUCCGUGUUUAUUGUUCACUCUAUAUUGCUGCAUUAAGUGAGAUUUGUGGGUUGAAGUACCCAGAAUUGUCUUUCAUUCCGGUAUUGACCACAAUAACAUUCCAUAUUGAGUAUUUUACCUAAAACACGCACAUUAAAUCAACCACAGUGGAGUGUGGUUUGACAUUUUUUGUUUGUUUGUUUUUUUCAUUUAUUGUAGUGCUCUAGCAUGUGUAGAGAAUUGCUCAAGUGUCAUUUCAGUGUCUUUAAACUUGCAAACAGUUCUACAACUACAUAUUUUACUGUUAUAAAUGCAAAUACUUUAUUCUUUUCUUGUCCAUUUACAACAAUGCAGAUGUAUUUUCAUGUCACCAUAUUCAUUUUUUCCUAUCCAAUUGGGACCAGACUUUAGUAACCCAAUCCUCUCAGAUAAAUAGAUAGUGUGGUAGGAGGAUUAUUCUUCUAUACUGAGUAAAGGUUUUGUAGUUGAAAUUUUUAGACAAUAAAAAUGGCAAUCUUUGAUCUUUC